AUGCAUCUUCAUUUCGAGCGGAAUAUUAACGCGAAAUGCGACUGUACGAUACUGUCGCUGUCGUGGAUGGGAAAGGUGCCAGACGAGCUGCCCGAGGAGGAAGGUUGGAAAUUGAACCGCAACAACUAUUAUCAAGAGGGUUGGUUGGCUACGGGCAAUGUUCGUGGAGUGGUCGGAGUAACGUUCACGUCAUCACACGCGCGACGUCCACAUGAGUUGCCUCAACGCACUAACUAUAACCUACGCGGACACAGAUCCGACGUAAUACUCGUAAAAUGGAACGAGCCUUAUCAGAAGCUGGCAUCAUGCGACAGUUCGGGAGUCAUCUUCGUGUGGAUCAAGUACGAGGGUCGCUGGAGCAUCGAGCUUAUCAACGACAGAAGCACACCAGUCACACACUUCUCUUGGUCACACGAUGGGCGAAUGGCGCUUAUAUGUUACCAGGACGGCUUCGUACUUGUGGGUUCAGUGGCUGGGCAGCGGUACUGGUCCGCAAUGUUGACGCUCGAUGCCCGAAUAACUUGCGGCUGUUGGACUCCAGACGACAGUCAAGUAUACCUCGGUACAGCGUCCGCGCAGCUCGUCGUCAUGGACGUGCAUGGUGCUAUGGUUUCACAGGUCCAGCUUGUCGCCGAGGGAGGUAUAACGGCGAUGGCGUGGUCUUGCGAAAAGUUCAAAAUGGAGGAAGGUGAAGAAGGGAAUGAAACCACAAACGGUCAUGUCCUCGCUGUGGCACUGGGUAACGGGGAAAUAGUGUUUUUGCAUGGACACGAUGAUGUGAGCCCUGUACGCGUAUGCACUGGUCUGAGAGGAAACACGCUGGCUAUGGAGUGGGCGAAUUCCCGUGAAUUGUUAGCUGUCGCGGGGACGUUAACCGCAGAGAACAACGAGUCAGACGACACUCCUCCUUUCAAAAAUGUUGUUAAAUUCUACUCGGACAACGGAACACUUAUUUACACCGUCCCCAUCCCCUACUCGCAGGCGCGCGUGACAGCUCUAACGUGGGGUCACGCGGCGCGGCGCUUGUUCGUCGGUGUCGGCGGGGCGGUGUGUACGGCACGUGUCUGGCGGGUGGUGGCGCCCCUACAACUGCUGGCGCGGGUGCGCGCCGCGCAGGCCCUGAGGGAGCCGCGCCUCGCCGUCAAGCUGCCUCUGCCACCUCGGCUACAGCCCGCGCUUGCUAGCCUCUUCGCGCACACUAUUCGGUGUAACGUUCCUGAAACGAACGAACUUCGACGCUUUGUUUCACGACCGCCCACCGCUGGAGGUCGCCUUCAUUGCACCAUGUUGAGGCACGAUGACGAGGAAGCAGGCGCUUACACCUUGUAUCUGGAACACCUCGGCGGUCUGGUGCCGCUUCUCAAAGGCCGGCGGACCAGCAAGAUACGUCCGGAGUUCGUGAUUUUUGAUCCUCAGGCUGAAGGGGGCAAGAAGGCUUGCGUGAGCAGCAGCAGCAGCAGCAGUAGCAGCGGCGCGGGCUCGUGCGGCGGCAGCAUCGGCAGCGGCGCCGUGUCCGCGCCCGCGCCCGCUCCCCGCUCGCCGCGCACCCCGCGCCCCGCACGCCGCACGCGUCCCCUCCCGCCACACAACUCCUCCUGCUCCUCUGACAGCGAGCGUGAGGACGGUUGUUCAGGAUCUCCGAGGUUACAAAGGCGCAGACGUGCUCGCGAAAGACGUAAGGCAAGAAAAUCCGGUGAAAAAGAUGACACUCCUGAUGAACUUGCAUAUAUCGAUUCCUUACCUGAGGAUGUUCGCUUAGUAGAAGUUACGUCAAAUAUUUGGGGCACAAAGUUCAAAAUGCACGGGCUAGCUAAAAACGUUCCUGCUAAUUUGGGUCAAGUUACAUAUAAAACUUCCUUGCUGCACUUGCAACCUAGACAAAUGACUCUAAUGAUCACUGAGCUAAGAGACGAUUACCCAGUUGGGCCUGACCCUAAUUUUAAUCCAAAUAUAUUUUCUGAGGAUGAAGAGGAAGUAUUUCAGUCGAACGAUUCAAAUUCGCCAUCGCACACAAAUAAUAAUAUCCGAAGAAAAUUAACAAUUAACGAAAGAAUGAAUAAUGCAAAUAAUUUAAUAACACAGAACGAAGCAUAUACUGGUAAUAACAAUAACAUCAAUCCGUCUAUAGCAAGAACUGAAUCAUAUGAUGAGUUUCCGUAUAUUGAUACGAAUGAUGUAAACAACGUGUCAGAGAGUGUUUACUCUACUCCAGUCCGGCACACGACCCAAGCAGCUGAGAGAAGGGUAAAUAACACAGCCGGUGUAGCAAGUCGUCAUGCUAUUUCUCCUUUACGUUGCGAAAGUUCCGUUCCUACUUUGCAGUCACCUAAAAAUGCAGUUGCACCAACUGAUAUAAUUUUUGAAAGACCUUCACCACAAACCGUCACUUGUGGAGGUCGAGGCGAUUUUUGCGGUGGUCGCACAGACUACAGUGUUCGGGGCGAUAACGUGUCUUUAAAAGCAAACAUUUCUAAUAUCGACCAACAGACGUUCAACUUGAACCUUAGCAUAGAGCCAAGUAGACAGGUUACCAUUAAAAAGUGCGAUAACCACGUUUCUGACAAUUGUCUAUCGAAAUUGCGGAAAAAUAUUUGUAGUAGGGGUGAAUCCGCAUCCUAUGAAGUUAAUACUCGUAUAUUAAAAUCUUUAUGUAAUAAAAAUUUUGAACACGAGGUUCAUCCGGACGCUAUGACUAGACGCUCAGAAAAUUUAAAGAAUCUACAAAAAAGUGAGGAUUUAAAAUUCAUUGAUGAGGAAACUCCCAUCGAAACUACAAUAAAAAAUUUAACCGAAAGACCCAGGGAAAUGAGGGUCCAGAGAACAACCACAGUAGUACCUAUCAGCCCUGUAUGCGCUAGUGUGCCCGUGUACGAUACAAUGACACGCAGUUGUAGUGUAGGUUACUUAGAUAUGGUCGAUCCUCAAGUCCUACGUGCGCAUAGCUUGACCACACUUCGCGGCGAGCAACCGCGACGACUUGUGCUAGUGAAUAACAAACGCCAUAGAAAAGCGAAGCGACAUUUCAGAGCGAAUGACAUCAGGCAAAUAGAAACCAAGACGCCCAGUUUGAAAAAGUGCGGAAAAUCGAGAAGCCUAGAUUCUGGUGAACUCUCAAUAACGGUCGAAAAGUGCAAGCGACAGUUGCGGUCUGACCCAAACCAGAAAAGCGAUGCCGCGUCAGCGAAUUCCAGCAGUCGGUGUAAUAGUACAGCAGAGGAUAACAGUGGGACUAGUACAGAGGAAGGUGGACGGAUAGGUUGUAGCUCUCGCAGGGAUUAUCCGGUGUGCACGAACUGUCGGUUGGUAUCACCGUACGACCGACGGGACGUGGAGGCGGCGUCGUACGUCUGCGCGGCCUGCAGCGCCUCGCCGCGCGCCGCGCCCGCCCCCGCACCGCCCCCGCCGCCUCCGCCGCCGCUCACCACCGACAGCGACUCCGACUACAGCAAGUAUUAUAGUUCGCUGGAGCAGCUGGCGCUGCGGCUGCUGGCGGCGCGCGGUGCGCGGGGCGCGCGGGGGGAGCGGGGCGCGCGGGAGACGCGGGAGGCGCGCGAGGUGAGCUCGGCGCCGGCGUCGCCGCGGCCGGCCCGCGCGCCCCGCUCGCAGCCCGCCUCGCCCGGCCCCUCCUCGCCCGCGCACCCCCGCCGACACCGCUACUCCUCUGCCUCGCCCAUACGACAACUGUUAAACUCGCCCCUUCUAAAUCGACGACGGAACAAGAAACCUUCGGAAAGCUCGGACGAUGAGUACUCCAACAGCGGCUACAGCGAGGUCAAUAGCAAGAACUACAGAGACUUGGAGAGUUUCCAAAAGGCUCAACUCAGAAACAAGCUGAAGCGCGCGGGUGGUGUGGGUGGUGUCGGUGCGGGGGGUGCGGGGGGCGCGGCGGCAGUUCCGUGGGGCGAGGCGCGCGGAAGCCCACACGCGCGCCGCCAGCUGCUCAUGCACAACAAGGCGCCAAUGUGGAACGAGAACAGCCAGGUCUACCAGCUCGAUUUCGGCGGCCGCGUCACGCAGGAGUCCGCCAAGAACUUCCAGAUAGAAUACCAUGGAAAACAGGUAAUGCAGUUCGGGCGCAUCGAUGGAAACGCGUACACUUUGGACUUCCAGUAUCCGUUCUCAGCCCUUCAAGCGUUCGCGGUAGCACUGGCAAACGUCACGCAGCGAUUAAAAUAA